UGUGUUGUGGGUGGUAGCUCUAACAGCAGGGCGAACUGUAACGAAAACAGCUGAUCGACAGCCGGCUCUGUGCAACGACGCUCAAUUUUGUAUUUAUAUUUUGUAAUACGACGCAUGUAUAUUUGCCUGGAACUCCGCUCAAAAUGUAUAAGAAUCUAGAAGAGCACAAUCGGUUGGUGAAUAAAUAUCUAAAAAUAUUCUUUGUUGUGGCGCUCUAUUGGUGCACUUCCAUAUUGACGGUUUUUGUGAACAAGCAUCUGCUGAGCAGCGAAACAGUGAAUUUGGGCGCACCCUUGUUCAUGUCCUGGUUCCAAUGCGUUGUCUCCACAGUCAUUUGUUUAUUGAUGAGUUGCCUGAGCCGCAAGUAUCCCAGCGUAUUCACCUUUCCGGAGGGUAAUCCACUGGACAUUGAUACAUUUCGGAAGCUGUUGCCGCUAUCUGUGCUCUAUACGCUUAUGAUUGGUGCCAAUAACUUGUCGCUGACCUAUGUGACGGUGGCCUUCUACUACAUCGGACGCUCCCUGACGACAGUGUUUAGUGUGGUGCUGACUUAUGUGAUUCUGCGUCAACGCACCAGCUUCAAGUGCUUAUUGUGCUGUGCAACAAUUGUGGUCGGAUUUUGGCUGGGUGUGGAUCAGGAGAGUCUAACGCUUGCCUUUUCCUGGCGUGGCACAAUCUUCGGUGUGCUCAGCUCCCUGGCGCUGGCCAUGUACUCGAUUCAAACGAAGAAAUCGCUGUCGUACGUCAAUCAGGAAAUCUGGCUAAUUAGCUAUUACAAUAAUUUGUAUUCCACGCUGUUAUUUCUGCCAUUGAUUAUACUAAAUGGUGAAUUGGGCACAAUUCUGGCAUAUCAACAUUUGUGGGCUGGCUGGUUUUGGGCCGCGAUGACGCUGAGUGGAUUUUGUGGUUUUGCCAUUGGCUUUGUCACAGCUUUAGAGAUAAAGGUUACUUCGCCUCUAACUCACAACAUCUCUGGCACGGCUAAGGCGUGUGCCCAAACAGUUAUUGCCACGCAGUAUUACAACGAUGUACGUUCAUCGAUCUGGUGGAUCUCGAAUAUAGUCGUCUUGCUGGCUAGUGCCGCCUAUACUCGCGUCAAGCAGCUAGAAAUGUUGCAGCAGCAUCAGCAGCGCAACGCGGCAACAUUAAAAGCAUAAGCGCAAAUCAAAACAACAAUUUUCCCUAAAAAAAUAUGAUGUAUUAUUUCUAAAGUGCAUAUGUGGCUAUGCAAGAAAAUUUGAAAAAUUGGCUCUUCUAGCAAAUUGUAUUGUGCAAUUAUUUCCAGUGAGUGUGUUGCAAGUGUUAAGCGUCAGAACUCCUCUUAAUUGUCAAGACACACAAAUAUCUAUUUACCUUUUUUAUAUAUAUGCAUACGCAUAGACUUUAUACAAUAUGUAAGUUAACCCAAAGACGGACAACAGCUCUUAAUUAUUGUGGAAUAAAAACACGUUCCUUAAAAGUAAAUAAUGUUUAAAAAAUA